AUGGUAAUUAUGGACAAAAAGGAUUACAUCAAUAAGAUUGAAGGAAAAUUAAAUGAUCCAAAUACUUUUGAACAAGCAAAGAAAGAUCCAACAACUACAAUAAAAACAGAAAUUAAUAAAAAGGUUACCAAGUUAUUAAAUCAAAACAAAAUUAUGGAGAAAAAUAAAUCUUAUUUAACAUCAAUUGAUGAUCUCCCUAAAUUACGUGUUCAACCUAAAUUACAUAAGAACAAUACCCCGAUGAGAAUCACUUGUUCAAGAGAUACAAUAACAUCACCAUUAUCUCAAUUAAUAUUUAAAAUCAUUAAAGAAUUAACAACAACAUUAAGUGGUGUUGUGUGUAAUACUUCAAACUUUGUAAAAGGUUUGGCAGAUAUUGAAUUAGACCAAGAUGAUCAUGUAGCAAGUCUUGACAUUCAAGAUUUGUAUACAAACAUACCAGUUAAUAAAGCAAUUGACAUUGCACUAAAACGGCUAGAUGAAUCUAAAAAAUUAGACAAUUUACCAUUUACCAAAACUGAUACUAAAGACAUUAAAUUUAGCUUUAAAAAACAGUUAUUGUCAAUUCAAUAG